AUGUCCGCGAUCCAAAAUCUUAACGUUUACGACCCUUUCGCUGACACCGGUGAAGAAGAGGCAGGACAACCCCAAGGGUAUAUUCAUAUUCGUAUACAGCAAAGAAACGGUAGAAAAACUUUGACCACUGUUCAAGGUCUUCCAGGAGAAUAUGAUCAAAAGAAAUUGUUAAAGGCCUUUAAAAAGGAAUUCGCUUGUAAUGGUACACUUGUACAAGAUGAAGAGUUAGGACAAGUAAUUCAACUUCAAGGAGAUCAACGUCUCAAAGUUCAAAACUUCCUUUCGGAAGAAGGGAUCGAUAAAAAUAUCAUAAAGAUUCAUGGUUUCUAA